AUGAGAAGACCAACUUCAUCUUCUCAUCGUUGCCUCAGCAGUCUCUUUCCGGUUCUGUUGCUGUUGUCAUUUUCCUUCACGGAUGCCAACGCACGACAGUUCAAUCAGGUGCAACUUCGAGUCUACGAAAAGAUUGAUCGUUUCUUGGCCUCUGCAGUCGAUACCUUGGCGGUAUUUGCGGACUUUUACGAUCUAGGAGGGUUUGAGAAUGAAUUGCAAGCGGCAGAUCGUGCCCAGUCGCGUCGUUACAUGUAUUCACUCAUUGCUGCCUUGCAAGAUACGGGCCUGAAGCCCUUUUAUGGGUUGGAAGACGGAACCCUCGUGGGAUAUUGGCAUGGAUCACAAAAUCAAGUGCCCAUUUUGACCUACCGAGAACCUGGUAAUAGUGGAUACGAGGUUACCGACAACAUUACUACAGCUGCUACUGCGGAUGGCCUGUUGAAGUACUAUAAUGUUUGUUUGAAUGCCACCAAUGGACAGAACUCGACAUGUGCCAUUACACCAGACAGACCCUUGUAUACAUCUUGCAACAAUGAGUGUGCACUAGUUCCUUGUGAGGGUGAUGGUGCAGUCUUGUGUCCCGACUAUGACAUCUUGGAAUUAUCAGAGGGCGAAAACUUUGGAUACGUUCCAACCACAAUGAACUGUAUUAAUGAAGAUGGGGAAUUUUCACAAACCCCCGGAGAAAUCUUGGUGGAAUCUCCGAGCGGAGUGAUUCCGGAUGGAGACUGUACCUUUAUGGAUGGAACCUUGGUCAGUCGCGAAUUGGAAGGUCCGUUUGCCGCCUGUGGUCCGACAGAAGAAGGAGGAAAUGGCACAACUACAACUGACAACAAGGUUUGCUCGACUGCCUUUAUUGGGGCCAACGAUUACAUCAACUAUGAUCCAAGAUGGCGUGGAUGGUACAUUGACUGCAAAAAGGCCCUAGUCCCACAAUUCUCGGAUCCUUAUAUUUUCUUCAACUUUGGAGCCAUUGGUAUCACCUACACUCAUCCAAUUUUCCGCACCGUCGAUGGUUCAGAAGAUGGCCAAAAGGUCUUUCAUGGAGUCCUAGCGGCGGAUAUGGAACUUUCGGAUGUGACAAACUUUUUGGAAACCACCUUUAUCGAUACCAACUACACCGUUGCCGUGUAUGAGUACGAAGAACCCUACUACAUCAUUGCCACCUCGACCAAUGGUGCUGCCAUGGGAAGUGUCCUGGUGGAUGACCCAUUGGUACGGUGCCCAGCCGGAGAAGAAGAAUCCAGUACCUGCGAGGAAGGGCGAAUGACCAUUGAGAAUUUCGAAGGAACCAUCCCCGACAUGAUUCUACGAAAGGCGCAUCAUGCCUUGCUCGAGCUGGAGGGUGACGAAAUUGCGAAAGCUGUUCAAGAGGAUGACGGCGAUGCUGCGUCAACUUCCUACGUUGCGACAAGUCUUACGUACGAAUUACCUGGAGCCAACUUGAAGUGGCGGAUUGUGGUUACUACUCCAGUGGAGGAGAAUCCGGACGAUUUCAUUGAGGAGGACGAUGGAUUGUACGCCGUAUUGGCUGCAGUUGGCAGCGUGGGAUGCAUCAUUUGCUUUCUCCUCUUUUUGGCAUUCUACCGAAGGAAGAAUGAAAAAGCGGUUCAAUUUGCCGAUUUAUAUUUCACGUCCGCCUUUAUCUUGGGUGCUGCGGUCAUUAACCUGGCAGUUUUCGCUUAUUUGGGAAAACCAACCGAUCAGAUUUGUUUGACUCGACUUUGGGUCUUUUUUAUGCUGACUGUAUUCAUAUUGUCACCCCUCUUUAUCAAGGCCUACCGUAUCUAUCGCCUGUUGGGUCGACCAGUGGCAAAAGCAAUGAAUGCCAAGAUCAAUAAUCGUGAAGCUUGGAUGCGGACAAUUCCAAUGAUUUUGAUCCAGGCCCUCAUCUUACUGAUCGUUACAGUUAUAGACCCACCAAAGGUCAAGGCAAUAGUGGAUUUGGACGAUUUGAAUCCCCAGAAGAGCAUUCGCUGCGACACGGAGACAUAUCUGUUUGCUAUCUUGCAGGGAACCUACGAUAUCCUUCUGCUUGUCGUUGGUUGCACAUUGGCAUACUUGACUCGGAACAUUGAUCCACGCUUUGGUGACGCAAAGGCACUCUUCUUUGCCAUCUACAAUAUUGCGUUUACGACGCUGAUGCUAGCGCUGAUCAUUGUCUUCGUUGACAUUACAGAGUCGGGACAAGUAUCCCUUCAAUUCAUUGGUGUCUUUUGGGCGACCGUCUUCAGUUCCGCUGCCUUUGUCAUCCCCCGUUUGAUGGCAGCUAAAAACGAGAGGAAGCUAAGCCAAAAAAGACAGAAACGACUGCUCAAUAAGUAUGAGUCUCAACGCAAAAGUCGGGGCGAUUCCUCUGUCGGUGGAUUUAAUGCUGACGAUGAUGCUCUUCAUGAGACGGAAGACGCGAUCAAAAUAUUGGUCUGUACUGCAAACAUGGGUAAUGCUCCGCCUACUGAGGAAUCAAUGAAAGCUUGGAUUCCUGAGUUAGGUUCAUCCUACGAAGUAACGCCGUUUGAGGAAAGUCUGGUCGUGAAGGAUCAUUUCGAUCUAAUCGUCAUUGGAAUGCAAGAAGCAACUUGGGGAUCCAAAAAGCAAAGGAAGCGAGAGCAAGCCCAGGCGGAAGGCGCAGAUCAGGUUUCAAUUGCGACUGGUCUUGCUUCGCAACCGUCCAUAAAGGGCGAUGUUGUUUUGGAUGACGAUGAAAUCAGCUUGGAAGAAGCUCAAGCUAAAGAAGACAACUACCUCGCUGCAAUUGAAGGUGCUGAUACCGUCCUUCUACGAAAGAUGAUCAAAGAGAUUCUUGGAGGAGAAUAUACCAACAUCGCGUCGGAACAAAGAGGACAAAUGCGGCAGUUAGUCUGGGCAAGAUCAUCUAUAGCACCAUACAUAAAGAACGUGAAAAUCAGUGGAGAAAACACUGGAAUCGGAAAUGUUCUUGCAAACAAAGGUGGUAUUAUAGUCUCUAUGACUUACCAAGACACAAGAAUGUCGUUCCUUUCGGCACAUUUGGCUGCUCAUGAAGGCGACAACUACUACAAGGCAAGAUGUGAAAAUGUUUAUGCCAUACUGAAAGGAGGAUCCAAGACGUUCGACAUUGCCCGUAAGAAUGAUAUCGAUGUAGCCCUUUCGAGUCACCAUAUCUUUGUUUGCGGAGACCUCAACUUCCGCACCAAAUUUGAUGGCGAGCAUACUCAUGAAGAGAAGUUCGCGAUGGCCCAAGAUUUAAUCAAGGCAGAGGACUGGCAUGCACUCUACAGUUACGAUGAGCUACAUCACGGAGUGAAACGAGAUGAUCUCUUGGUGAACUUUAAGACAUUGCCUUGUGACUUCAAUCCAACAUUCAAGGUAAAUCGAGUGGAAGGCUAUGACUACAAGGAUCAGCGCGUUCCGAGCUAUACCGACAGAAUACUGUUCAAGUCGGCUCCGAAUCUUCCUGAUCUUGUGAAGCAAUAUGCCUAUGAACCGUGUGAGGAGUUCAUUACCUCUGAUCACAAGCCAGUCCGUGGUGCAUUCUCCCUCAUACCAAAUGACGUGAUCACCCCUCGCUCUGUUGAAGGCAAAUUCCGAUUGACUUUCAGUCAACUCGAGUGUUCAGAUCUUCCGCAAGCUGAUGUAAGUGGAACUUCGGACCCCUACAUCAAGUUUAUCUGGGACUCUGUUGACAUGGCAGAAGACAGCAAAGCCAUCAACUUCAAGUUUUGGCAACGGAAAGUCAGCUUCCCGAGAACUCCGUACAAAAGCAAGACGUUGAAUCCAAAAUGGGAAGACAAGACCAUGACACUUGUUACUUCAGGUACUGAGAUGAAUGUACAUGCCAUCCUGUACUUGUCCGUGUACGAUUAUGAUUUCUUUUCAGAUGAUGACAUUCUUGGAAGCCUGCCCCUGAGCAUGCAACAGCUCGUAACAAUGAAGCCCCGGGAGUCAACCAAACAAAUAAUGGUCGAUCGCCCACUGGAGAGAUGUGGCAGGUUCGCUGGAAGAAUCAAGUUCAAGCUUGAAAUCUCGCAGUUGGUGGGCUAG